AUCGACAUGCAGGUUAGUGAGUAAUCGCGGGCGUGGGAGCAUGCCUUCAUUUCUACGGUCAUAUUAGAACAAACGAAAUCGUCAUUCCGCUACCGGCAAUGCCAGUCGCCAUAAGGACAAAAUGAGGGUACUGUAAUUGAUUGACGUAAAGAAUAUCCACCAUCUCAAUCCCGCCACUUGACAGAACAACUUUGAGUUAUUGUUAUUGCGUGUUUAAUCGUGUCUAGUCGGAUACAGUGUUUCGAAUUGCGACAACAAAAAUGGCACCGAAUUUACCUGUACAUUUAUGCAUCUUUUUGACCCUCUCAUGUGUGGACUCCUGCUUCACCCCUGCCUCCAUACGAGCAACAGUACCGCAGACAGUACAAGUUGGACAUGUUAUUGCAAAAGUUGAUGUGGACCAAUGUGACACCAUCACAUUGCACUUUACAACUAGUGACCCCGACUUCACAGUACGACAUGAUGGCACUAUAGUAACAGUCGCCAUCACCAUGGUACCAGCCAAUGGCAGAACAUUCUCAGUGCAGUUUCAGGACCCCAAUGGUCAGAAGAGAGAAAUUAAUGUUUACCUUGCCCAGAACUCUAGAAAGGUAUUGAAAGAUGGCCUACUAAAGCGCUCCAAAAGACGUUGGAGUCCUCUGCCCUUCAACAUCAUAGAAAACGACGUUCUGCCAUUUCCAAAGGACAUUGAUCUGAUUGCAUCUGAUUCGUCGGCCACUCGCAGUGUGUACUACACCAUCAGUGGGCCUGGAGUGACAGAGGAUCCUGUGGGUGUGUUCAGUGUGGUGAUGGAGACUGGGAUGUUGAGGGUCAACAAAGUUGUCGACCGCGAGAGAACUCCUCAGUUUGUAUUUCAAGCCAGAGUGUUUGACAGAUACACCAACCAGGAGACAGAUCUACCAUUACCCAUCACAGUGAAUGUAGACGAUGUGAACGACAAUGCACCAACUUUCACUGGCCUACUGCAGUUUACUGUGCUGGAGCAAAGCAAAGCAGGGACGAUGGUGGGGAUGGUGAAUGCCACAGACAUAGACGAGCGUGGUACAGACCACACUAAGAUCAGGUACUCCCUCCUCUCUGGGACUAACCUGUUCUACAUUAACCCAGAGACGGGAGUCAUCAGCACCAAAACUGACACCCUCGACAGAGAGGUGAAUGAUAAUUAUUUGGUGACAGUUGAAAUCAGAGACAUGAAUGGAGCUCUGAAUGGUCUAUUCAACACAGCCACAGCCACCAUUGUGUUGGGUGAUAUCAACGACAACCCUCCCACAUUCACAAAGACAUCUUACGAUGUAAAAGUUAAAGAGAACCAAGGAGAGGGACUCAUCCUCAGAAUCCCCAUUGAAGAUAAGGACUUGGUGAAGACACCAAACUGGAACACUGAGUUUGUCAUCCAAAAGGGGAACGAAAAUGGGAACUUCAGGAUCGAAAGAGACCCCAAAACGAAUGAAGGACUAAUUUACCUAAUAAAGCCUCUAGACUACGAGAAGACCAAGAACCUAAAGCUGGAGGUGUUGGCCCGUAACCAGGCUGAGCUGAGUGGGACCAAGGCCCAGUGGAUGUCCAUCCCUGUAGACGUCUCUGUAGUGGACGAGGACGAGGGACCAGAGUUCACCGCCCCCACCGUACUCUUCACAGUCAAGGAGAACACUCCUAACGACACCCUGAUUGGGACCUACAUAGCCACAGACCCAGAGACCAAGAGCAGCGCUGGCAUCAAGUAUUACAAGGUCUCAGACCCUGCUUCAUGGAUCAAGGUAGAUGAAAGCACCGGGCAGCUGAAGAUCGCCAAUAAUAUCGACAGGGAGUCCCACUUUGUAACGAAUGGCGUGUACAACGUCACUAUGAAAGCUGUUGAUGCCAGUCUCAAGACCGGUACAGGGACAGUGAUUAUUCAAGUGGAGGAUGUGAACGACCACGUCCCAGUCAUCCCCUCUAAAGACCUGGUGGUGUGUGAGAAGGAUGGGGGAGAGAUGGGCUCUGUGCUGGUGGUAGCAGAGGACAAAGACCGAGCUCCAUUCGCCGCCCCCUUCAGCUUCAAACUGGGAGAGGAGCAUGAUGGGAGAUGGGCUGUGAAGCGACUUAACGACACUGCAGGGAUGUUGGAGCACACCAAGGAGCUCCCUAAUGGUCUGUAUACUGUCCCCUUGAUGGUCAAGGACCUACAGGGAUUUGGAAAGACCCAGACGGUAACGGUCCGGAUCUGCCGCUGCAGAAACGGAGCGUGUUUGGCCUACCAGAACUCCACGUCGCUGGGGGUGUGGGCCAUCCUGGCCAUGCUGCUGGCGCUGUGCCUGCUACUUCUUCUCUGUAUCUUCUUUGCAUUCAUCUGUGUUACAAAGAAUGAGAAAAUGGAGCUGGAAGAUAUGGGAGACAGUGGCGGUAUCCUCCUGAAGUCUAACAUUGAGGCCCCAGGGGAUGCAGUGGAUUCAAAUCUCAUCAUCGUUCCUGCAUCUGGGAUCGACUCAUCAGUGAAGGGAUCCAUGAUUGAUGUGAGGUGGGUGAGAGCUAAGAACUCUGGUAUGAUUGGAGGAGGCCUGGGCGCUCAACAGAAUCUGCUACAGGAGUCCGGCGGUGUCGUAGUGACCGAUAAGGAGACCGGCUUCUCAGGCCAAUGCGAAAGCAGCCAAUACGUUGGACAAUAUGGCAGUGGACAAUGUGGUGGAGGUCAAUAUGGCGGUGGAAACAUGACUUUUGACAACACACGUUUCAUGAAAUUCAACGACUCUGCAGCCUGGCACACUUGGCAAACGAACGGGCUGUUUUUACAACAGAAGUUGGCUUACCUAGGGACGAGGGAGGAGGGGCGAUAUGCCGAUGACAUCAUCCGCACGUACGGCUUUGAGGGGGUGGGGUCUCCAGCCGGCUCGGUGGGCUGCUGCAGUGACCAAGGAAACCAGGAAGACCUGGACUUCCUAAACACAUUGGGGCCAAAGUUCAAGACAUUAGCUGAGGUCUGUAACAACAAGAAAUGAACAAAGAGAAUAUAAUGCAAUAUGUUUUAUUACUGUAAGUGUACUCUUUUUCUGAUAAUACCAUGAAUUUUAGGAAUCUGUUAAGAGGGUUGCUAUGCUAUCAUUCAGAGUAAACACACUGAAUUGCUCUAACUGUUUGUUAGUUUGACAUUUUGCACUGGAAAGUACUAUGUAUUUACUUGUACAGCAAAUUCCCCAGUGUUGAAUCAACUCUGCGAUUGUUAAAUGUAACACUUUUUCAGAGUCUAUACGGGUCCACACUUUUUUCAGUGAUAUUAACAUUUUAAUGAAUACCUGUAGUGUUAAGGUAACUCGUAUUUGGGGUAUGGUGUAAAGCCAUAUUUGCAUAUUUCCCAGUGUGCCUUACCUUUUCGAGUGAAUUGUAGAGUUGUUAGUGACAAAGACAUGGUCAUUGCAUUCAUUCAUUUUCAGUCCUGUGGCUUUCACCAAAUAAAAUUAUUAACAGUGGCCCAAAACUCAUAGUUUACAGGCCACAUCAGGUGUGCAUUCACAUUAUGCUGGCUUGCAAGGUGAUGUCAUUCCUAUUGGAAUCUAGCCAGAGUGUGGAUAUCCAAGAGUUUACAUUUUUGAUCACCCGUAGCCUGCAUUCAGAAUGACUGUCAGAGUUUGGAAAAUUUGAUAGAUGAGCCUACCUAAACCAUCUAAACUGAAACAACCAUUGCAAUAAAUCUAACUAACAGAUUGAAUUAGUUUAGAAAAAAUUAUGUUAUUUAUCUUUGUGUAGCAUAAUAUUCUUUGAUCAGUCAAUGUACAGUACAUGCAAACACACAGAUAUUGAAACAAACAAUAAUAAAAAUCAAACUGUAAUAGAGCAUGCUGGGAAAUAUGAUAAUGAUGGCUAUGUUUUUAAGUGUUUUAAUCACAUUCAAAUCUGGUUAUUAACACCAACACUGGAGUAAUUUUGCACCACUGAGUGUUCAUUUAAAUCCUGAACUAGAAAUUAUUUUUAGCGAUCAAGAUUUUUUUGGGGGGGGGCAUUGGUCAUGUUAUUUUAUUUGUGUAUAUUAUGGUAAAGCCACAUGAAGUUUAGUAUCGUAGAAUCAAAUGUUUGUUCAUGUGACUCUAAAAACAGGUGCGUUGAAGAAUACAUGAAUAUUUGACGAGAUUAUUUGAUUUUUAAAAUAACUUAUGAAUUUAGGUGGAUGGGGUACAAACAUUACACACUAUUCUAUAUGAGUGUUGAUUAGACUGCAUUGGGGCUUCUAUGUUUAAUUGGUCACACUACGAUCGUCCCUUUAAUCCAUUCGAUUCCUAUGAUUGAUUGGCUGCAGAGAGUCUUGUGUUUAGACUAGAACAGAAGGUUAUAGGUGCUUCUGUUUAAAAUAAAAGGUUCUGGGUGCUACUUUUUAGAAUAUAAUGUUCUGCCUGCUUCUGUUUAGAAUAGAAGGUUCUGGGUGAUUAUUUUUAGAAUAGAAGGUUCUGAAGAGACAGGUGCUGAUACGGCCCAUGGGGUUGAUGAGACAGUGUCUGACAGUGAGUCAGUUCACACACUCAGCAUGAGGCUGAGUGUGUGAACAGGGGGGGGUUUGAACCAGACAGACAGCCUGUGAGUAUUCAUAGCGACAUGUUGUUCUAUUGAUUGAUCCAUAGAAAGGGAGAUACCUAGUCAGUUGUACAACUGAAUGAAUUCAACUGAAAUGUGUCAGAGAGGUGUGGGAGGCUUCCUUUAUCAACAUCCACAGCGCACAGGGACAGUGGGUUAACUUUCUCAGGGGCAGAAUUACCUAUUUUUACCUUGUCAGCUCGGUUGCUGACCCAACAUUCUAACUACUAGGCUACCUGCCGCCCCCUAUGACAUUACUAGAGGUGCUAUGUCAUAAACCCUCAAAAUUUGUUCCAUAAUGGGGCGAAAGUGUCAGCUGUCUUGGUCAGGGAGAAAUCCAUAACUAGUCUAAUUGGAAUGAAUGGCAGUAGAGGCAUAGAUUAUCUAUUUCCUGAUUUUACUUAUGCAGAAAAAUAAAAGUGAGGCAUGUGAUGUAUCAGAAAUUGUGUAAUGUAAUUAUAGUCAACCUCAAAUAUUGUCAUAUAAUUAUAAAUACAAUGUAUAUGGGUUUUAUACAAAUGUUAUGUGUAAAUAGCCCCUAAAUGUCUCAGAUGUAGUUUUAUUGGAAAGCAGUGAGUGCUAAUAUAUGAUACAAUUUCAGUACUUGUUGCAUUUACAACUUGUCUAUGUCCUAUCAUCAACUGAUUUGAACCAGUGUAUGGCUGUGAAUUGACCACAUUGUUUGAAUGGAAUGUUGGCAUAUUGGUAGUUAAUUUAGAAUCAUUCAUCUAAAACUGUUUGGCUAGCUAGCUAACACACAUACAGUGCAGAUAAAUUCUCCACAUUCAUUGUUUUACACUAUCUUAUCAGAGCACUGGCAUACUCCCUGACCAACAUGGCUGACCUUUGGCCAAUUUUUAGAAGGUUCAUUUCCAUUCUAGUAUUCUAAUUCCUAAUUCUAUGGAUUCAUCAGCAUUGUCAUAUGUUCAUAUUAUUAAUUUGGAAUUCAAUUACCAAACUGACCCAUUUUGUAAAUUAAUCGUAUUGCCUAUUUCGUAAGUGUCAAAUUUUGCUAAUAUGUUUUUUAAAGUAAAUAAUAUAAAAUACACUUGUUGUGUUAUUCA